AUGAGCGUAGGAUUCAUCGGAGCGGGCCAGCUGGCUCAUGCGCUGGUGAAAGGGUUCACAGCUGCGGGUAAGAAACCGCCAACCGGUUAUGAUGACAGACAGGGCCGUGACCCACUUUUUUUUAUCUGGCCGGCCAGGGCGGGUCACUCUGGCUGCUCGUGUACACAAGACUGGGCCCUGAAAUGUCAAAAGACUAACUGUCAACAAACGGUCGCUGUUAUCAGUUUUAGUUCCAGUGACUCAAAUCUUUGUUGUGUGCAUUAACCUUACCUCUAUCUCUCUCGCUUUCUCUCUUUAACCCUUUCUGUCCCCCAUCCUCUCUCACUCUCUCUCUCUCUCUCUCUCUCGUUAACCCUCUCACCCCCCUUCUCUCUCUCUAUCUCCCCCAGGUGUAAUAGCUACUCAGAGAAUCAUAGCCAGUUCUCCAGAUACUGAUCUGCCUACUGUUGCUGGCCUGCGGGUAAGAGGCAGGGAUGUGUGUUUGUUCUCUGUGUGUCUGUGUGGAUGUGUUUACAUGGCCUGGAAGGUGUGGAUGUGUUUACAUGGCCUGGAAGGUGUGGAGGUGUUUACAUGGCCUGGAAGGUGUGGAUGUGUUUACAUGGCCUGGAAGGUGUGGAUGUGUUUACAUGGCCUGGAAGGUGUGGAGGUGUUUACAUGGCCUGGAAGGUGUGGAGGUGUUUACAUGGCCUGGAAGGUGUGGAGGUGUUUACAUGGCCUGGAAGGUGUGGAGGUGUUUACAUGGCCUGGAAGGUGUGGAGGUGUUUACAUGGCCUGGAAGGUGUGGAUGUGUUUACAUGGCCUGGAAGGUGUGGAGGUGUUUACAUGGCCUGGAAGGUGUGGAUGUGUUUACAUGGCUGGAAGGUGUGGAUGUGUUUACAUGGCCUGGAAGGUGUGGAGGUGUUUACAUGGCCUGGAAGGUGUGGAUGUGUUUACAUGGCCUGGAAGGUUGGAGGUUUACAUGGCCUGGAAGGUGUGGAGGUGUAAUGGUGGGUGAAGGUGUGGAGGUGUUUACAUGGCCUGGAAGGUGUGGAUGUGUUUACAUGGCCUGGAAGGUGUGUUUCAGGAUGUGUGUUUACAUGGCCUGGAAGGUGUGGAGGUGUUUACAUGGCCUGGAAGGUGUGGAGGUGUUUACAUGGCCUUGUGAUGGAGGGUUUACUGGCUGAGUGUGGGUGUAAUCCUGAAGGUUGCAGUUUACUGUCCUGAGUGUGGUUUUACAUGCUUGCUGUCUGUUUGUCUGUGUAUGGUCAGUGACUCUUCAACGUUUGUAUGAGGGCUCUGCAUUGUGUGUGUGUACAGAUCCUAGAAGGACUUGCAUCUUCACUCUUAACCUGUUUCUCCCUCUCUCUUCCCAUCUUUCUGUCUCUUCCUCCUCUCUCUCUCUCUCUCUCCAUCUUCGUCUCUCCUCCUCUCUCUCUCCUCUCUCUCUCUCUCUCUCUCUCUCUCUCUCUCUCUCUUCCCAUCUUUCUGUCUCUUCCUCCCUCCCCCCUCUCUCUCCCUCCUUCUCUAGAAAAUGGGUGCUAUCCUCACCACCAGUAACAAGGAGGUGGUGAACAAGAGUGAUGUCCUGUUCCUGGCAGUCAAACCCCACAUCAUCCCCUUUGUGCUGGAUGAGAUCGGACCAGACAUAGAGGACAGACACCUCAUAGUGUCCUGCGCUGCAGGAGUCACCAUCAGCUCUAUAGAGAAGGUCAGAAAACACACACACACACACACACACACACAGAAGGUCAGAAAGGACACACACACACACACACACACACACGCAGGGAUGCACUCAACACACACACACACACAGAAGGUCAGAACCUGUCCUGGACCGGUCUGGUAGAGUCCAUGGAUCAAUUGAAAAAGAGGCUUGUUAGGCACUACCUAUGUAGUUCUGUCCUUGAUGUCAGAGAAAAACGUAAUAAAAUGUUCUAUUGUCACAUAAGUAGGUGCAGUAAUGAGUUGUUUUACAGGGUCAGCCAUAGUAGUACGGUGCCCCUGGAGCAAAUUAGGAUUAAGGGCAUACCGACCGAUUUUUCACCUUGUUGGCUCUGGGAUUUGAACUAGCAACCUUUCGGUAACUGGCCCAAUAUUGAAGAACAAAAAGAAUGGUGAAUGGACCAGGUGUCUGUUAAACAUCAUUGCUGCCAGGACCCAAGGAUUCUUCUAAUUCUCUUUCUAUGACACUCACCUUUUGUUGUUAUUUACAUAACAGAGCCCCGUCUCCUCCUCCAUUUAGAAGUCUCCUUCCUGUACCUCCUCCUGUACCUUAUCCUCCUCUGUCUGACCCCCUCACCCCCCCCCAUCCACUCACACAUGUUCUCUUGUCAAAUAAUUGAUCUUGACAAAUCUUACAAGUAUUUGUUUCUCUCUUUUCCUCUCUCUCUCCUUCACUACCCCGUCUCUCUCCUCUCCCCCCUCCAGAAGCUGCUUCAGUACCGUCCGUUCCCCAAGGUGAUGAGGUGUAUGACCAACACCCCCGUUGUGGUGAGAGAGGGAGCUACAGUCUACGCUACAGGAACACACGCUGAGGUACACACACACACACACACACACACGCUGAGGUACACACACACGCUGAGGUACACACCACACACGCUGAGGUACACACACACACACGCUGAGGUACACACACAACACACGCUGAGGUACACACCACACACACGCUGAGGUACACACACACACACACACCGCUGAGGUACACACACACACACACACACGCUGAGGUACACACACACACACACACACACACACGCUGAGGUACACACACACACACACACACGCUGAGGUACACACACAACCACAACACACGCAUGAGCUAGUACACACACACACAACACACGCUUGAGGUACACACACAAACACACGCUUGAGAACACACACACAACGCUGAGGUACACAACACACACACGCUGAGGUACAACACAACAACCUAGUAAACCCAACACACCUGAGGUACACACACACACACACACGCUGAGGUACACAACACACAACACACACAACAACGCUGAGGUACACACACACACACACUAGUACACACACACACCCCUGAGGUACACCACACCACGCUGAGGUACACACACACACACACGCUGAGGUAACACACACACACACACGCUGAGGUACCACACACACACACACACACGCUGAGGUACCACCACACACACACACACACACGCUGAGGUACACACCAACACACACACACGCUGAGGUACACACACACCAUACACACACACACGCUGAGGUACACACACAACCACCUAGGUACCCCAACACCACGCUGAGGUACACACACACACACACGCUGAGGUACACACACACACACACGCUGAGGUACACACACACACACGCUGAGGUACAACACCACACCUGAGUACACACACACACGCUGAGGUACACACACACACACACACGCUGAGGUACACACACACACACACACGCAGAGGUACACACACACACACACACGCUGAGGUACACACACACACACACACACACACACACACGCUGAGGUACACACACACACACACACACACACACACGCUGAGGUACACACAUACAUUAGGCACCAAACAGAAGAAAACCGGCUGAACCCGUUUCCAUUGCAAAAAAGUUUUUCUACAGUGUGCAGUAAAUACCGCUCUCUUUCUCCCCCCCCCCCCCCAUCAUCUCUCUUUCUCCCCCCCAACCCCCUAUCUCUCUCUCGCAGGUGGAGGAUGGUAAGUUGUUGGAGCAGCUGAUGGCCAGUGUUGGGUUCUGUACAGAGGUGGAGGAGGACCUUAUCGAUGCCGUAACCGGCCUCAGCGGCAGUGGCCCCGCCUACGUGAGUCACUGUUGACCUAUCAGGGAGAGGUACAGGGGCCUGACCCCGUCUACGAGACUCACUUUUGACGUAUCAGAGAGGGGUAGAGGGCGUGGCCAUGCCUAUGUGAGUCACUGUUGACCUUCCUCCAUACACAUUACACACUGCUCUCCAGGUAGAACUUGCCCCCUAAGUACAGAUCUUGGAUCAGUUUAUAGUACUCCUAUCCUCACCUCGACUAUGAGGUUUAUAGUGCGUCCCAAUUGACACCCUAUUUCCUAAGUAGUGCACUAUAUAUGCAUUUGGGACGGAUCCACAGUAAACUGAGCUUGGGUCAGUGCCUAAGGGGGAAACUGCAUGCUAGACUCUCUAACAAUGUGGGUGGGAGAGAAGUCAACAUGGCAACAAGUGCCAUUGAUUUUUAAAUAAGAGACGUUAACUACAAACUUUUUUUAUAUAAAUAUUUUGUUUAAUUCAUGUGGAGAGCUGCAAAAACAUAAUGUAUUUUUCUCAUAGGAAUUCAGUCCAAUUAUCACUAAGCACCCACUCACAAUGUGUUUACCUCACUGAUUCAGUGACUUAUGGCCUGAAGGUGUGUGUGUGUGUGUGUGUGUGUGUGUGAUAGGCGUUCACAGCUCUGGAUGCUCUAGCUGACGGAGGGGUGAAGAUGGGUCUACCCAGGAGACUAGCGGUCAGACUGGGAGCUCAGGCACUACUGGUCGGUAACGUCACAGCAUCACACUGUAACAUAUCAUUACAGCACAGGCCUAACUGCUCAGUACUGCCUAACCGUAACACAUCAUUACACCAACAGACCAGAGCCUAACAUGGAACACAUCAUAACACCAGACGACCAGAGCACUACAGUACUCAUCGUUACACAGCAGACAGAGCACUAACAGUAACACAUCAUUACACCAGACAGACCAGAGCACUAACAGUAACACAUCAUUACACCCAGACAGACCAGAGCCCUAACAUAACACAUCAUUACACCAGACAGACCAGAGCCCUAACAGUAACUCAUCAUUACACCAGACAGACCAGAGCACUAACAGUAACACAUCAUUACACCAGACAGACCAGAGCACUAACAGUAACACAUCAUUACACCAGACAGACCAGAGCACUAACAGUACACAUCAUUACACCAGACAGACCAGAGCCCUAACAGUAACUCAUCAUUACACCAGACAGACCAGAGCACUAACAGUAACACAUCAUUACACCAGACAGACCAGAGCACUAACAGUAACACAUCAUUACACCAGACAGACCAGAGCACUAACAGUAACACAUCAUUACACCAGACAGACCAGAGCCCUAACAGUAACUCAUCAUUACACCAGACAGACCAGAGCACUAACAGUAACACAUCAUUACACCAGACAGACCAGAGCACUAACAGUAACACAUCAUUACACCAGACAGACCAGAGCACUAACAGUAACACAUCAUUACACCAGACAGACCAGAGCACUAACAGUAACACAUCAUUACACCAGACAGACCAGAGCACUAACAGUAACACAUCAUUACACCAGACAGACCAGAGCACUAACAGUAACACAUCAUUACACCAGACAGACCAGAGCACUAACAGUAACACAUCAUUACACCAGACAGACCAGAGCACUAACAGUAACACAUCAUUACACCAGACAGACCAGAGCACUAACAGUAACACCAUCAUUACACCAGACAGACCAGAGCACUAACAGUAACACAUCAUUAAACCAGACAGACCAGAGCACUAACAGUAACUCAUCAUUACACCAGACAGACCAGAGCACUAACAGUAACACAUCAUUACACCAGACAGACCAGAGCACUAACAGUAACACAUCAUUACACCAGACAGACCAGAGCCCUAACAGUAACUCAUCAUUACACCAGACAGACCAGAGCACUAACAGUAACACAUCAUUACACCAGACAGACCAGAGCACUAACAGUAACACAUCAUUACACCAGACAGACCAGAGCACUAACAGUAACACAUCAUUACACCAGACAGACCAGAGCACUAACAGUAACACAUCAUUACACCAGACAGACCAGAGCACUAACAGUAACACAUCAUUACACCAGACAGACCAGAGCACUAACAGUAACACAUCAUUACACCAGACAGACCAGAGCACUAACAGUAACACAUCAUUACACCAGACAGACCAGAGCACUAACAGUAACACAUCAUUAAACCAGACAGACCAGAGCACUAACAGUAAACACAUCAUUAACCAGACAGACCAGAGCACUAACAGUAACACAUCAUUACACCAGACAGACCAGAGCACUAACAGUAACACAUCAUUAAACCAGACAGACCAGAGCACUAACAGUAACACAUCAUUAAACCAGACAGACCAGAGCACUAACAGUAACACAUCAUUACACCAGACAGACCAGAGCACUAACAGUAACACAUCAUUACACCAGACAGACCAGAGCACUAACAGUAAACACAUCAUUACACCAGACAGACCAGAGCACUAACAGUAAACUCAUCAUUACACCAGACAGACCAGAGCACUAACAGUAACACAUCAUUAAACCAGACAGACCAGAGCACUAACAGUAACACAUCAUUAAACCAUGACAGACCAGAGCACUAACAGUAAACACAUCAUGAAACCAGGACAGACCAGAGCACUAACAGUAACACAUCAUUAAACCAGACAGACCAGAGCACUAACAGUAACACAUCAUUACACCAGACAGACCAGAGCACUAACAGUAACACAUCAUUACACCAGACAGACCAGAGCACUAACAGUAACACAUCAUUACACCAGACAGACCAGAGCACUAACAGUAACUCAUCAUUACACCAGACAGACCAGAGCACUAACAGUAACACAUCAUUAAACCAGACAGACCAGAGCACUAACAGUAACACAUCAUUACACCAGACAGACCAGAGCACUAACAGUAAAUCAGAGCAACAGGAGUAGAAUGUAGGACAUUUCACUUUGUUGCCUGUAUAGAACAAAUGUAAGACAUUUUCACACUGCAUUGUUCUUAGCCCCAGGCUUAGCCCUUGGCUAAGGAUUCACACUUGUGUUCCAAAGCCCAGGGCUAAUGGACAAACACAACAUGCAACUUAUAUUAUAUCUCUGACUCGCGACCAAUGUCGCAAUAAGACAUUUAUUAACACAUUAUUUUCUAUUGCUUCUAGCCUAGCAUUUGAUUUCCAGCAGUGAUGGUUUGUAUAAACCCUGCUGUCUGCCUGUCUGACCUUGGAAACAAUGUUUACCUUUUGAAAUUCGAGAAUAGAGAAUGCUGUGCACGAAAAAUACAUCAACUUUUCUGAUCCAGGCGAAAUAAUGCAAUAAUAUUAUUAUGAUGGAUAUAUCCAAUUAAAUGUAAAUAGAAAAGCUAUGAAAACAGACGAAAUUGAGCGUUUGCUGCCCUUCCAGCUGUAGAGUUUUUAGCUUAGUUGGCUGAGGAAGAAGACUUAGCCAGCCUGCUAUAUAGCAACCAUUUUUGUUAGGCAUAGCAACCAAUGUUUUUGCAGGGAUGAAAGUAUUUUGUUUUUGUUCUCAGAUGGAAGGAGGAAAUAGUUAUUAUCAAAAUAACGUGCAGAACACAUUACAGGCAUCACUAGCAUGUGGAAAUUAAGUGACUGUGCAGCUUUUGUGAUUGGACAGUGAGCAUUCUAGGUGAUGUUCUUGACCCAGAUUCACACUGGCUAUUUUGGCACCGUGUUUCCGGUGCUAGCCCCGAAAAGUCUGAGCUUACUAUCUGUAUCCCCCCCCAAGCUCCCUUUUUAAUUGUAAAAUCUAAAAGGAGUCAAUAUGAUGCCCCUAAUGGUUUUGUGGUUGACUGAUGGUGACUCCCCCCCCCCCCCCCCCCCCCCCCCCAGGGAGCAGCUAAGAUGUUGUUGGACUCUGAGCUGCACCCUGGCCAGCUGAAGGACAAUGUGUGUUCCCCCGGGGGAGCCACCAUUCACGCCCUGCACGUCAUGGAGAGUGGCGGCUUCCGCAGUCUGCUCAUCAACGCCGUGGAGGCUUCAUGUAUCAGGACACGGUGAGGGGAGAGAGAGAGAGAGACACACACGCCUGAAACCAUAGACACACACGCUGACUUACCCCCUUCUCCCCCCCACCCCCUCAGGGAGCUGCAGUUCCUAGCGGACCAGGAGCGUAUCUCCCCGGCAGCCAUUAAGAAGACCACCCUGGACAAGGUCCUGCAGCAGCCUGGGGUCAGCCAGGGGUCAGGGAUCAACGGCAAGCCAGGACUCAGCCUCAGGAGAAACCCACCAGGACCUGUCAAGAAGAACAACUGAGAUGGAGACACACACACACACACAACACCUAAAACAUCAGUGAAUAUUUAAGAUAGAAAUGUAAUGCAUAGAGCUGAGAUGAUUCCUUAUUCUACAUGACAGAGGAAUCAUAUCUGUUCUAUGCAAUGCAUUUCUUUCUGAGAGUUUCUUUAAUGUUGCCCCUGGAGCUACAGCAGGCAACAGAUGGCUUCAGUGAUGAGGCGACCAUUUCUUUUUGCCUGAUGACUCAAACUGCUCUGUUC